AUGUCUGCUCAAGGCCAAUUUGUUAAGAAAGAGGAGGAGACUGUUAGAAGACAAGAACAACACAAGGAGGAGACUGUUCGAAGACAGAAACAACACAGGGAGGAGACUGUUAGAAGACAAGAACAACACAGGGAGGAGACUGUUAGAAGACAAGAACAACACAGGGAGGAGACUGUUAGAAGACAAGAACAACACAGGGAGGAGACUGUUAGAAGACAGAAACAACACAGGGAGGAGACUGUUAGAAGACAAGAACAACACAGGGAGGAGACUGUUAGAAGACAAGAACAACACAGGGAGGAGACUGUUAGAAGACAGAAACAACACAGGGAGGAGACUGUUAGAAGACAAGAACAACACAGGGAGGAGACUGUUAGAAGACAGAAACAACACAGGAAGGAGACUGUUAGAAGACAAGAACAACACAGGGAGGAGACUGUUAGAAGACAAGAACAACACAGGGAGGAGACUGUUAGAAGACAGAAACAACACAGGGAGGAGACUGUUAGAAGACAAGAACAACACAGGGAGGAGACUGUUAGAAGACAAGAACAACACAGGGAGGAGACUGUUAGAAGACAGAAACAACACAGGGAGGAGACUGUUAGAAGACAGAAAAAAACACAGGGAGGAGACUGGAGACAGAAACAACACAGGGAGGAGACUGUUAGAAGACAGAAACAACACAGGGAGGAGACUGUUAGAAGACAACACAGGGAGGAGACUGUUAGAAGACAGAAACAACACAGGGAGGAGACUGUUAGAAGACAAGAACAACACAGGGAGGAGACUGUUAGAAGACAGAAACAACACAGGGAGGAGACUGUUAGAAGACAAGAACAACACAGGGAGGAGACUGUUAGAAGACAGAAACAACACAGGGAGGAGACUACUGUUAGAAGACAGAAACAACACAGGGAGGAGACUGUUAGAAGACAGAAACAACACAGGGAGGAGACUGUUAGAAGACAAGAACAACACAGGGAGGAGACUGUUAGAAGACAAGAACAACACAGGGAGGAGACUGUUAGAAGACAAGAACAACACAGGGAGGAGACUGUUAGAAGACAGAAACAAACCAGGGAUGAGACUGUUAGAAGACAGAAAAAACACAGGGAGUAGACUGUUAGAAGACAAGAACAACACAGGGAGGAGACUGUUAGAAGACAGAAACAACACAGGGAGGAGACUGUUAGAAGACAGAAACAACACAGGGAGGAGACUGUUAGAAGACAGAAACAACACAGGGAGGAGACUGUUAGAAGACAGAAACAACACAGGGAGGAGACUGUUAGAAGACAGAAACAACACAGGGAGGAGACUGUUAGAAGACAAGAACAACACAGGGAGGAGACUGUUAGAAGACAGAAACAACACAGGGAGGAGACUGUUAGAAGACAGAAACAACACAGGGAGGAGACUGUUAGAAGACAGAAACAACACAGGAAGGAGACUGUUAGAAGACAGAAAAAACACAGGGAGGAGACUGUUAGAAGACAGAAACAACACAGGGAGGAGACUGUUAGAAGACAAGAACAACACAGGGAGGAGACUGUUAGAAGACAAGAACAACACAGGGAGGAGACUGUUAGAAGACAAAAAAAACACAGGGAGGAGACUGUUAGAAGACAAGAACAACACAGGGAGGAGACUGUUAGAAGACAAGAACAAUUCAGGGAUGAUAUUGUUAGAAGAGCGGAAGAAGUAACCUGA